AUGAGCCUAGUCUUUCGCAUUUUAAAGACUCCUAUAUUCAUGGUAGUCUUUAACGAUGGGUUCUUGGGAUUCAAUGCGUGGCAGACUGCUCGUGGUCUUUCCAUCGCGAUAUGCACAGUCCAGGCGGCAUCAACCCUCAUCCUCUGCGUGGCAAGCUGGAGGCUUUACCACGAAUUUGCCUGGCAGGCCUUUGAGCAAGUGAAUGCGGAUAUUCAAAUGCGUCGAAAGUACUACCUAUUCCAGUUUCUCAUGGCCCUUUUGAAAUUCGACGGUUUCUUCUUCCUCGGAUUCAUGGUCCAAUAUAUCAUAUUAACUCCCUUUAUAAUCCUUUGGACUGUCACCCUUGUCGUGAUUAUCGUGACGUUUAUCCUUUUCUUCAUGUCUGCCUGGGUGUUUCAGAAGGAACAGUUCUGGGCUGGUAUUAGGGUCAUUAUGUACACUCCUCUGUACUCUCGGCAUUACUCAUCAGCGAUAUUAAACCUGACCUUGUUUGGGGUUUUGGCCCUGCUGCUGUCGGUCAUUACAAUUGUCAUCAUGGUUAUGUGUCUUAUGAAUUUUGACAAAGGUCUGAAGCCGUAUAUUGCGAAUAGCCGCAAGGUGCGCGAGCUGGAGGAAUUAGAGAUGGAGCUAGAGCCAUUGUCAGCGUAUUCCAGUGGGCAGUACGAAGAGAUACAAACAUACCGCGAAACUCCUUACACACACUAG